AUGUCGGCCGAAGAGAAGAUAACAAUAAGUGAAGACCUACUCACUAGGCUAAAAAAUUACAUGAAUGAUCCCGUCUACAAGGAAACGGUGGAAAACUCAUCGUCAUAUAAUGAACGUCUUGUCAAGGAGCGUAAGACACGUUUGCCAUUUCUCGACGCUCAAACGGGAGUUGCUCAAAGCGACUGCUACAUAUGGUCAAACAAACUGGACCGCAUGCCCGGCUACUAUUCAGCACAGCUAUAUUCAUAUCCCGCACGAAGGUGGCGGAAAAAGCGGCGACAAUACCUACUGAAUCAUCAGAACAACUACAACAGCGCCAAAGAGGCUGAACACAGUGCCCAGAGUGGCGAAAAUGUGAACGCGCUUUCCAGUGAAUCAAACAGCAACGUCAGCAGUGGUGCAGGCUCCUCGUCCACCUUUGGCCUUUCCAAUUCGGGCGCCAGUGUUUCGACGAAUGGCCAGAAUGGAAUCGGUGGCAGUGGUGCUGGUGGAGGAGGAGGAUUAGGCGGCAGCAGCAAUGGCCCCGGCGGCUCCGGCCUCAAUGACACCUUUGAGGACUCAAAGGACUCCUGGCUGCGUGACUACGAUGACGGCAGCGACAUGCCGGACGCCGGUGAACUGGACGACCCCGAGUCGGACUUUGACGACUACGAGGAGUACUCCUCGAGGAAGAAGAAGUCCAGGCGCAAGGAGUCAGUGAAGAGAAAGCGCGAAUACACCGACGCUGAGAAGCCGUUUCAAUGCGACGUGUGCGGCGCCCGGUACAAGACGCGGCCUGGCCUCUCGUACCACUACUCGCACAGUCACCAGGACAGUGGCGGCAGUGCUGCUGGUGCCGGUGGUGGUGGUGGCAGUAGUGCUGGUGCUGCUGGUGGAGGUGGAGGAGGCAGUGGCAACGGCAACCACUCGGCGAACGGCAUCAGAGGAGGCGAUGAGGACGAGUCGGCGUACAACAGCAACGCGUCCUCUGCCUCUACGCCCACCCACAGCUCCAACAGCGCCAGCAUUCACAAGGGCGCACACAACAGCAUCAACCAGCACCCCAACCUGAGCAGUGCCCUCGGACUGUCUGGUAGUGGUGGUGGCCCUGGUCAGGGACCGGGCGGCAGCCACCCGUCGUCCAUGAACAACAACAAUGUCCCUAACUCUAUGCAUCCGCUCGCAAAUCACACCCAUCCAAGUCAUCCCAGUACCAUGAGUUUACCUCCACCGCCGCAACUGCCACUGCCGCCCAACAGUGGUGGUCACCCUAAUGCAAACAUCGGCAACAAUGGUCCUGGUGGGAGUAGCAGCAUCUCCCACAACUCCAGCAACUCUACCACCAACAAUCCACGAAACAGAGGGGCCGCCUCGCCGCAGACGUACUGUGAUUUUUGCCUGGGCGACUCUACGGAGAACAAGAAGACGAACACCGCCGAAGAGCUGGUCUCCUGUUCGGACUGCGGCCGCUCGGCGCAUCCCACCUGUCUGCAGUUCACUGCCAACAUGAUCCUCUCGGUGAAGAAGUACCGGUGGCAGUGCAUCGAGUGCAAGUCCUGCGGCCUCUGUGGCACCUCGGACAAUGAUGAUCAACUGCUCUUCUGCGACGAUUGUGAUCGAGGCUACCACAUGUACUGCCUGAAGCCGCCACUGCAUGAGCCCCCGGAAGGCUCCUGGAGCUGUCACCUGUGCAUCAUUGAGUACCACACGCCGAAGAACAGUAACAGUAGUGGUGGUGGUGGCGUCAGUGCCAGCAGUGCUGAUGCGCCAAAAUAG